UGUCUUGAAUUUGGUCUUGAAUGUGAACUGGAAUUCUAAAAUUGUUGUGUUUUUCUCAUUUUAUUAAUUGUUUGAUGAAUAAAGUUUAACAUUUAUCAGAAAUGUCUUGGUUGUUCGGAUACAGUCGGCCUACUCAGCCGCCUGCUGAUGAGCCACCGAUGGAUGGUGGAAAUGCCGCUUCUGCUCCCGUAAACCUUACAAAAGCAGAGAAAAAGGCUAUGGAAGCGUACAGAUUCGACUCCAGUGCACUCGAGAGAGCUGCUGCUGCGGCCAAGGAGCUCGAGCGAUCCAGGCAUGCAAAGGAGGCAUUGGAACUCAGUAAGCUGCAAGAAGCCACUCGCCAACAGGAGCAGAUGGCCAAGAUCAAAGAGUAUGAAGCUGCUAUUGAGCAAUCCAAGGUGGAGCAAAAGAGGAUCGAUCAUGAGGAGAGACGGAAAACACUACAGGAAGAAACUAAACAACAUCAAAUGAGAGCUCAGUACCAAGAUCAGCUGGCAAAGAAGAGGUAUGAGGAGCAACUCGUUCAGCAACAGAGGUCACAAGACGAGAUAUUGAAGAAACAAGAGGAGAGUGUAGCUAAGCAGGAGGCACUCAGGCGGGCCACGAUAGAGCACGAAAUGGAACUUCGAGAGAAGAACAAACUCAAAGCUAUCGAGGCAGAAGCCAGAGCCCGGGCCAAGGCUGACCGAGAGAACAGGGACAUCACACUGGAGCAAAUAAGACUCAAGGCUGCGGAGAAUAGGACUACUAUUUUGGAGAGUAUACAGACAGCUGGUAGCGUCAUCGGCACGGGUCUCAACGCCCUCGUCACAGACUGGGACAAGACGCUAGCUGCGGCCGGCGGUCUCUCGCUGCUCGCACUCGGCGUGUACUCGGCUAAAGGAGCCACCUCGGUGACAGCUCGCUUCAUCGAGGCGAGAAUCGGCAAACCGACUCUCGUGAACGAGACCUCAAGAUUCUCCCUACUGGAGGCAGUCAAGCAUCCCAUACUGACGGUGUCCAAGGCAGUAGCAGCUUUCAGGAAACCCUCGGAUGCCCUAGCCGGGGUGGUCCUAGCGCCAACCCUCGAGAGACGGUUGAGGGAUAUUGCCAUAGCGACCAAGAAUACCAGAGUCAAUAGGGGAUUCUACAGAAAUUUACUCAUGUACGGGCCCCCCGGUACGGGCAAAACGUUGUUCUCCAAAAAAUUGGCAAAGCAUUCUGGUAUGGAGUACGCUAUAAUGACUGGUGGUGAUGUGGCCCCAAUGGGCAAAGAUGCAGUGGCGGCUAUACACAAAGUGUUCGACUGGGCCAACACCAGCAGAAAAGGCGUACUUCUAUUCAUUGACGAAGCAGAUGCGUUUCUACGCAAGCGGUCAUCGGAGCAUAUAAGCGAAGACCUCAGAGCGGCUCUUAACGCAUUCCUCUACCGCACCUCAGACCAGAGCAGCAGAAUUAUGUUGGUCCUGGCCUCGAACACUCCCCAGCAGUUCGAUUCGGCAAUCAACGAUCGUUUGGACAAGAUGAUUGAGUUCGGACUGCCCGGGUAUGAGGAGAGGGAAAGACUUAUACGGCUGUACUUCGAUAAGUUUGUGCUGCAACCCGCUAGUGAAGGCAAGAGGCGUCUAAGCGUGGACCAAUUUGACUAUGGUGGUUUGUGCAAGAACUUGGCUGAGCGCACCGCUGGUAUGUCAGGGCGAGCGCUCUCCAAGCUCGGUGUGGCUUGGCAGGCGGCUGCCUACGCGUCCGAUGACGGUAGACUCACUGAACAGAUGUGUAUCGAGAUUUGUGAUGAUGCUGUGAGGGAUCAUAGACAGAAGAUGGAAUGGUUAUCGGCCGAAGAGAAGAGUCGGAGUAUGAUGCCGUAUCUCCUCGACCUGCCGCCACUAGAAAAACCAGAAGAAGAAAAGAUAGAAAGAGAAGAAAAGAUAGAAAAGGAAGAAAAGAUUGAGAAGCAGACGAAAGGCAAAGCGCAGAAGAGCAAAAAAGACAAGGAACCAGAAUCGGACAAGUGACCAAAAGAAAAUACUAUUUCCAAUCACAAAAAUAACUGUGAUACAAGUGUGUAUGAUUUCACCAUAACUAAACUACCAAGUAAUAUUGUGCUGACUGAUCAUGAUAUGAUUAUAUUACAAGAGUUGUCGUUACGGUUGAAAAGUAAAAUUAAAUAAGGUGAAAUAUCCUAUUUAGGAACUGCAACCAAUUCAUGUCUUUAAAAUUAAUAUCAGCUGUUUUAUCCGCAGUGUAUAAAUGUGUACUUGCUUUACCAUAGUGUAUACUGUAUACAACCAUUAGACAUGUGUUUUGUAUAACACCGUAUAUAUAAAAAAAUAUAUGCAGUAGUAUAUUAUAAAUGCAACUGACAUAAUAUUUAACGAAAACAAAUUCAAGCACAAAUUUCGUGAUCUUUAAAUAAUAAAAUAUCAUUAAAAGGCAAUUUAGAUGCAAUAAUAUUCCAUUUGAACCAAUUUUGUAUUUUGAAUGCACUGCCAGUGUGUUUGAAAAUGUAGCAUUUAAAAUAUAUAUUCU